CAGGUUGCACAACAUUGGCGUAGCUGUGACAAGCAAACACUAGGUAAUAUAUGCUCCCGCCUCUUCAUCCUAUUUCCGGUCGGAACUUAAUCCUAUCGUCUCUGAGCGAGCUUGACUUUGAUUCCUACGCCCGGGCACCUACACCACCUCAUUUGACUCGCCUGAGACACAGUUGCUCAUCACCAUACGGUGUCUCGAGGCAUCAUGAAUAAAACAGGCAACACCACGACUGCGUUUCGCUGUGAGCUAUGCGACGCACCAUUCCUGUCCCGAAAGGCCCUCCAGCAGCAUUCUCUCGCCAAAGGACAUCCAGUUACGUGUUACAUGUGUAACGACAAACCAUUUCCAACCCCCGACGCACUCGAGCAGCACUGCAAAGCCAAAGGACAUCCAUAUUGCCGGCCAUGCAAUCGAUUCUUUGCCAGGGCCGCUUCUCUGAGACAGCAUCAGACAGACGCCGUUGCGCAUACCACCCGUCCCGCUCAGCCAAAUCCUCCUUCCCCUCCGCUGUCCAAUGUGCUCCGUGAAAAGGGGCCCUUCCCCAGCCCCUUAUUGUCGCACGCGCGCCAGUUGACCGAUGUAGAGGAAGGACAAGAGCAGUACUCGGCCCCCUUCGAAACGGGCGCCAACAUCCGCCCCCAUGCGUUACCCUCGAACCAAAUGAUCGCGCAAGAGAUAUUGCGACAGCAGCAAGCCGCAGCCAGCGGCAGCAGCACCACUGACGCCGGCCUCACCAACAUUCCCGGCUUCCCUCAGCCGCCCCUGACCUGCCGAGGCAACACCUACACCACGCUCUCGCCCGCCGAGCAAGCAACCCUCUAUACCAAGCUCCUCGCACACUGCCACACUCGCGACCGCCUCCAAAGCGAAGGCUACACCCUCGACCCCAGCAGCGCCCCGCGCCACCUCCCCACCCCACCGGCCUUCAACCCAGCCGACCACCCGGCAGCAAAUCACAAAGCCGUAGUGCUCGACUGCGAAAUGGUCGGCACCGCGUCGGGAACCGACGAGGUCAUCUCCCUCUCGCUAAUCGACUUCUUCACCGGCACGCCCUUACUCGCCAACGUCCUCGUUUACCCCGAUCCCGAUCCCAAUCGCGCGGGAGAAGACGUGAUGGUGCGGAUCACAGACUGGCGCAGCGACAUCACGGGCGUCACGCCGGCCAUGCUGACCGUCGCAAAGUUGCGCGGCGAGGCGCUAUGCGGCGGGCGGGAGGCGGCGAGGGCCGCGCUGUGGAGGUACGUGAAUGCCGAAACUGUGAUCGUGGGCCACUCGGUCAACUUUGAUUUGGCUGCCCUGGGGGUGGUGCAUCCCCCUGGGCGGGUGGUGGAUUCGGCGAUUUUGACGGCUGAGGCGUACUAUGGCAAGAAGAAGAUUCGGGGGAGGUUUGCGGGGUUGGAGAGGCUGUGUAGGGAGUUGGUUGGGCUGAGGAUCCGGGGAGGAGGGAAUGACAACAAGAACGGUAGCGGUAGCGGUAUUGGAGGGGGCAGGCAUGAUAGCAUGGAGGAUGUGUUGGCGGCUAGGGAGGUGGUGAUUUGGUGUUUGCGCCAUCCGGCGGAGCUGAAGGCGUGGGCGGCGGAGAACUGGAGGGAGAAGCCGAAGUCUUAUUAUAAGGCAGAGAGCAACAAGAACAAGAAGACAAGGAAGAAAAAGAAUGGGCAGAGCACUGGUGGUUACAAACCUGCCAGAGCCGCACGGGGACUGUCGUCGACUGGUGGUUCCGGGGGCGGGUGGUAUGACGACGAGGUUCUUCGCUGGAGCGAUGUUGUUGACUCGGACACGUGGCCGAAGUCUCCGCCGGAUUGGUCUGAUUAGGAUUAGGGGUGCUAGGUUGUUACAUGUUUGCUGCGAUGAGAGGACUUGUAAUCCAAUUAUUCGGCUUCGAAGAGCCCGAUUUUCCUACCUACCAGGUUAGUAUCGACU